GGAGGGAGAGGGCGGUAUGACGGCCAGAGGGAGUGCUAGUCGCUUUCUGCAGAGUGUCUUGCAGAAUGGAGUGGGCAGGUAUAUCUGCCAACUGAAGAGAAUCACUCUUGUCUUCAGUAAAGAUGCCCCUAGCAGCAAAGGGGUCAGAGAGUUUAUUGAAGAAGGUGUGGUGGAUUUUGCAAAGCAGAAUCCUGGCGUGGUGGUGUAUGUCACAGCGAAACGAUGUAACGUUCCGAAGCUGGUUGGGGAAUACCUGAAUGGAUCGGUGAGGGAAGAGCCCCUGAACAGGAAGACAGCUGAGGAAGUUGGCCAACUCAUUCAGAAACUGGCCAGCCAGUCAGGACUGGAUAUCAUCCGUAUUCGCAAACCUUAUCACACCGAUAAUCCAAGCAUCCAGAGUCAGUGGACCCCGUUCACUAACAAACCCAGUGUCCUGAACGUGCACGACUUUGAACAGGUUAAAGGAAGGUCUGAGGGCAAACUCUGAAGCAAAGUCAAGGACUUACCCAGUAUUGGGUGAAUGGACUGCACAAAACAAACAGAUUGUUUUCUAUUUAAAUAAAACUAAAUGGGCCAGCACAUGGAGUGGUCAAGAAUUGAGUUACAAAUAACUUGAGGCAGGAGGAGUGUGUAUGCCUCAAACUGUGGGCAUGGAAAUCCGAUACA